AUGGCUUUACCCGAUGGACUUUCCAACAAAAUGAAGGUUUUCCAGGCCGUCAACGAGUUGCCCGUUUUUUUGAAAGGCGGACCAAUUGAUAAGGCUUUGUUUGGCAUAACUGCUGGAUUGUGCGGCGUUGGCGUCCUAAGCUUUAUCCAUUUGGUCUACACAAUGGGAUUCGCCAAGAAGAAGGCUUAAAUUAAACAAUCAAAAUAUUGCUUUGAUUAAAAACCAAUUAUACUAA